GCCUGCAGCGCGCGCCCAGCACCUUUCCCGGGAAGAAACAUGGGCGGGAGGGAGGUCGCCUGGGGCGCAAUGGAGAGGAGGUGGAUCCCAAGGGUGGCCGCUGCUGGUUCCUUAAAGUGGGUUGUAAGAGAAGACCUCUCCUUUAAAGACUGAAAAUGAACUGUUGUUUGCUGUUGCAGUACCAUCACUCCUUUCCAAAAGCUGUGUUUCUGCCUUCCUGACUCAGUUUCCUAAGGACGAACAUGGGAACCCUUUUGGAAGUAGGGUCUCGUAAUCCAUCGCAGCCAACGGAAACUUCGCAACAGCUGCAAGCAUAUGUGGCCUGGGUGAAUUCACAGCUGAAGAAGAAGCCUGCAGUUAAGCCAGUCCAGGACCUGAGGCAUGAUCUCCGAGAUGGCGUUGUCCUGGCUUCUCUCAUUGAGAUUGUAGCUGGAGAGAAACUGAAUGGAGUGCAGGUCAACCCCGCCAGCCCUCAAGAAAUGAGGGAGAAUGUGGAGAAAGUCUUGCAAUUCGUGGCAUCCAAAAAGAUUCGUAUGCACCAGACAUCAGCUAAAGACAUUGUUGAUGGGAACCUGAAAUGCAUCAUGAGGUUAAUCCUUGCCUUAGCUGCUCAUUUUAAACCUGGCUCAAGUAAAGCUGCCAAUCAGACUCCAUCGAGCAUGAUGGGAAAGAACUCGGCAGGAACAGGACUGUCAUCAGCCAAUCACAGGCCUCAAUCAGCUGCUGCUGUUGCCCAGGGUGCAGUGGCUGCCCUGGCAGAUGUUCGCCAGGAUGUUUUGCGUUUGGGGCGUGAUGUUCUCCGGCACAGACAGAGAGACAGCAGCCUGGAUGAAGAGAUUGAGCAUCCGUACUGGAGUGUCCGAGCACUGGUACAGCAAUACGAGGGGCAGCAAAGUGUGCCUUCAGAGUCCCACUCCUCCAGGUACCAAAUUUGCUCCUUGCAGCUCCUGCCUCCAUGCUUUUCCAAAUCUACCCUUUGUAGAAGCUGGUCCUGUAAUGGUUUUUAAAAAACAAGGAAGGCUAUUUUCCAUGUACAUGAUGAGCUGCAUGGAAUCUUUAGUCUGAUGCAGAAUUUAGCUUCUUUAGAAUCUCAAGUUUUGUUUCAUCUAGAAUUCAUGAAUAUGUAUAUAUUGGAGAGCAGACACUGCUUGUUGAAGGCCCUAAAGCAAAAGCAUUCCCAACACAAACCGUUUGAGUAGUUAUGUUGUGGUGCUUUCAUGCACAGUCUAGCUCUUUGCCUUCUCCCAUAGCUUUU